AUGGAACGCCAGAUCUUUGGCCUCACCAGGAUAGUGGCCUCCAUGUGGGAAUGUAGUGCGGCGCGAGCCCGAGAGGUAUACACCAAAGUGGUACGAAGCGCCAUCGCCUUUGGUGCGACGGCGUGGCAUACACCAUCGGAGGGCAAUUAG